GGAAAACUAACUAUGCUCACAACAAAGACGGCUCCCUUGCUGCAAAUGAUGUAACCAGCUCCCACGGAUGAUUCUAGGCGUCUGUGAAAGGAGAGCUCAAGUGUCCCAGCUUGCUGCCUCUUGCAGCAUCUAACCACCCCGCAACACCACCACCUCUCCCCACCUUCCCUACAGUAAUCCUGUUUGUGUGUUGUCCUGUCCCAGCUCAGAAAGCUGAGUGCAGCCUGGACCCACACAACAAGAGCACACCCAGGAGUUAAUCUGGAUCAUGAUGGUAAUUACUGCCCGUGCGUCCAGCCUGUAAGGGAGGAGUCAAAUAGAUGUUCUGCCUACUGACCUUGGAGAAAACUGUGAGGGAUGUAGGGAGGGGAGGGAGGAGAGAAACAGAAGCAGGCAGAUCCAGGCAUUAGCACACUGACAGAGUUUCAGCACUGCAGAUCUCCCUCUCUGCCUUCAGCCGCUCUUGCUUUCAGUUUGCUGGUGAAUGACAAAAAGCAGGGAGGAGGAGAAUUGUGAAAGGAGUCAGUUUACUGAUGAGAGACGAGGAUUUCUUUCUUUUUCACUGAUCUUUAAAGCCCUCGCCGCCUGGCUGAGGAUUCCUCCAAUCUGUGAACUGGUGGGCAUGUGACAUCACACCCUCCGCCCCAUCUCACCCUCCCUAUUUCGGUGCAUCUGGCCAAUCAGUACUCAAGGAGCUCUGGUCACAUGAGAAUCCCCCUCAGUCUCGGUUACCAUGACAACGAUCACUGGUCCAGGCAGCAUCUUUCUGUGGUGAGAAGAGGUGGGGGGGGGAGAAGGCAGGAGGAGAAGGAGAAAGGGAAGAGGACAGGGAGGAAGGAAGAUAGAAAGACAACAAUCCCACUCAGAGGGAUAGCUUUUGGAUCUUCAGCUUGUUCCUGUCUUCACUCAGUACAAAUGAAGAUUCCUGAGGCUGGGAGUUAAAGCUCUCCUCCAGAGAGAGGGUGUUACCAGAGCUGGGGCUGGACCCAGAGGCCCCUUUCUGGGGGGGUGUCGGGGCCUCACAGCCCAGCUAGUGAGUCUGGACCAUGGGGGAUGGAGGUGCCCGUGCAGCUGGAGGAGAUGGGGUGAGCCAGUCCCAUAUCCUGUUUGACAACUUUGUCCAGGCGUCCACAUGUAAGGGCACACUCAAGGCUUUCCAGGAGCUUUGUGACCACCUGGAAGUGAAGCCCAGUGAUCACAGGGUCUUCUAUCACAAGCUCAAGUCCAAACUCAACUACUGGAAGGCCAAGGCCCUCUGGGCCAAGUUGGAUAAGAGGGCCAGCCAUAAGGAGUAUAAGAAGGGCCGUGCCUGUGCCAACACAAAGUGUCUGAUCAUUGGUGCGGGGCCAUGUGGCCUACGUACAGCCAUCGAGCUGGCUUUCCUGGGGGCCAAAGUUGUGAUUCUGGAGAAGAGAGAUGCCUUUUCUAGAAACAAUGUGUUGCACCUCUGGCCCUUUACCAUCCAGGAUCUCAGGGGUCUUGGGGCUAAGAAGUUCUAUGGGAAGUUCUGUGCUGGUGCUAUCGAUCAUAUCAGUAUUCGUCAGCUUCAGCUAAUGCUGCUCAAAAUGGCUCUCCUGCUGGGCAUUGAGAUCCAUGUGAACAUAGAGUUUAAGAGCCUUAUUGAGCCUCCUGAAGACCAAGAGAGUGAAAAAAUAGGCUGGAGAGCCGAGGUCCACCCUAGGACACACCCUGUCAGCGAGCUGGAGUUUGAUGUCAUCAUUGGAGCAGAUGGAAGGAGAAACACACUACCAGGGUUUCGGCGUAAGGAGUUUCGGGGAAAGCUCGCCAUCGCCAUCACUGCUAACUUCAUUAAUAGGAAUACAACGGCAGAGGCAAAGGUUGAAGAGAUCAGCGGCGUGGCCUUUAUCUUCAAUCAGAAGUUCUUUCAAGACCUCAGAGAAGCAACCGGCAUUGACCUGGAAAAUAUUGUCUACUACAAGGAUGAUACGCAUUACUUUGUGAUGACUGCCAAAAAACAGAGCCUGUUGGAGAAAGGAGUCAUUCUACAUGACUAUGCAGACACAGAGCUUUUGCUAUCCAGAGCUAAUGUUGACCAGGCUGCCUUGCUGUCUUACGCACGUGAAGCUGCAGAUUUUUCAACCAACCACCAGCUGCCCACACUGGACUUUGCCAUCAACCAUUACGGCCAGCCUGAUGUAGCCAUGUUUGACUUCACCUGCAUGUACGCUUCAGAAAAUGCUGCCAUGGUGCGCCAACGCAAUGGCCACAAGCUGCUUGUGGCACUAGUCGGUGACAGCCUGUUAGAGCCCUUCUGGCCCAUGGGGACUGGCAUAGCCCGAGGUUUCCUGGCAGCCAUGGACUCAGGCUGGAUGGUGAAGAGCUGGGCCCAAGGAAAAACCCCUCUUGAGGUGCUGGCUGAGAGGGAGAGCAUAUACCGCCUCCUUCCUCAGACCACACCAGAAAACGUCAGUAAGAACUUCAGUCAGUACAGUGUGGAUCCUACAACGCGUUACCCCAACAUUAGCCUUAACUUCCUCAAACCCAGCCAGGUGCGGCACCUCUUCGACACAGGGGAGUGCAGGGAAAUUCGCAUUGAAAUUGAGAAUGUGAUCAACUCAUCAACCCCCACGUUGACCAGGAAUGAAUCCAUAGCUCGAUCCAGUAAACUGCUCAACUGGUGCCAGAGGCAAACAGAGGGCUACAGAAAUGUUAAUGUGACAGACCUUACCAUGUCUUGGAAGAGCGGCCUGGCCCUUUGUGCCCUAAUUCACAGAUACAGACCCGAUCUAAUUGACUUUGAUUCUCUGGAUGAACGAGACCAGGAGAAGAACAACCAGUUGGCUUUUGACGUGGCAGAGAGGGAAUUUGGCAUCUCACCAUGCAUGACGGGCAAGGAGAUGUCCUCUGUGGUGGAGCCAGACAAACUCUCUAUGGUUAUGUACCUCAGCCAGUUCUAUGAGAUGUUUAAGGACACAGUGCCACCUGGAGAUAACCAAAACUUGAGUCCUGAAGAGAAGGCUGCAUUGAUAGCGAGCACAAAGUCUCCAAUCUCCUUCCUUAGCAAACUGGGUCAGAGCAUUGCAAUCUCCAGAAAACGAAACCCUAAGGACAAAAAAGAGAAGGAUUUAGACGGUUUGGGGAAGAGAAGGAAAACCAGCCAGUCUGAAGAUGAAGAGGUAUCCAGGACCGGUCGUGACGACAGGCCAUCUGUUCCCGCUAACCUGUCGGAGAGAAAGAUGGACUCUGCUGCUGUGGGGAACCACAACAAAGUGAAGGUCAUGGCCACCCAGCUGCUUGCUAAAUUUGAGGAGAACGCUCCCACACAGCCGACAGGACUCAAACGACAGGGAGACUCCCUGCCCAAUCUGGACCGCCUUUUGUCCCCUUCCCCACCCCCUGUGAAAGAGCCAGUGCGUCUGGCACCUGUCCCAGCAUGGAGAAAGAGACGUACACAGCAGCAGGAGAAGCUGAGCAUUCGGUACAAAGAGAUGAUCAAGUGUCAUACACUGCCCAGCAGAGGGGAACAGGCCAGAAGUGGCGCAGACCAACUGUACAGCUCGGGCUCUCGGAGCUGCCCAAAGAAAACCAUUCUGCUUCCUUCUUCCUCCUCCACUUCCUCGCUCUCUCUUCACUCCGAGCAGUAUGUAAGGAUGUACACGGGGGGCGUUAGCUCACUGACUGAGCAGAUAGCCAGUCAGCUUCAGUCUCCCAAGCCUGCACAUGUACCUGAAAAGAGGGAUUUGGGCUCUCUCAGGAAAGAAUUCCCUGUCAACAUUGGAGGCAGUGAUGUUUGCUUCUUCUGCCGAAAGCGAGUGUACGUGAUGGAGAGGCUGAGCGCUGAGGGGAAGUUCUUCCAUCGCAGCUGCUUCAAGUGCGACUACUGUGGCACAACACUACGACUGUCCUCUUAUGCCUUUGACGUAGAGGAUGGAAAAUUUUACUGCAAGCCCCACUACUGUUACCGCCUGUCUGGUUAUGCUCAGAGGAAGAGGCCUGCUCCUUCUGCUGUCCCAGUCGCAGCCAAGGAAAGUCUGAUGCCCCAAACACCUACUGCGACCGUAGAUGCCCCUGGAAGGGCUGUGGCGACAGCUGCCCCCUCGGCUGAGCUCCAACCUUCAGUGCUGGAGGUCAACGGCCUGCAGGAGCCGAGCCUAGCUAAACGCCUAAAGGGAACUCCGGAACGCAUUGAGCUGGAGAACUACCGUCUGUCCCUGCAGAAGGAGGAGGAGCUGGAGGAGGUGCCCGAGGAGACACUGGCAGAGCACAACCUCAGCAGUGUGCUGGACAAGGCCACAGAUGCUGACCUGGGUUCUAGUAGCUCAGAGUCAGACAUGGAAGAGGAGGACGAGCAGGAUGAUCAAGAAGAGGUGGAGGUGGAAGAGCAGCCCCCCAGCCCGUCAGACCUCGGCGGCGUUCCGUGGAAGGAGGCAGUAGAGCUCCACGCCAAGCUGAGGGGCGAUCACCAUGAGGAGGGAGAGGGUGAAGCUUUGGCUGACACAGGCAGCAGAGAUGGGGAAGUAGAUGAAGAGGACGAAGAGGAGGAGGAUGAGGAAGAUGAAGACGAGGGGGAAGAAGAUGAGGAGUCAAGUGAAGCCCCUGCCCACACAUCCGCCCGACACGAGGCAGUGAGAGUCUGGUUGGAGUCCCUGUCUGGAGAGCCUUGUGAAGAUGAAGUACUUGAAGCAGAAGCAGACAGUCCAGAUGUGGAGCCUGGCACAGAGAUGGAUCAGGAUGACAUCCCUUCGGAUGCAGAAGCUGAGGCUCGUUUGCACCGCUCCGAGCACGGUGAAGCACUUCCCGAGGAAGACAAGAAAUCAGAAAGCUUGGCAACAGCCUCCAGUACUGAACCAUCCGGCGUCAGCCUGCAAAAGGAAGACUUUGUUCUUUCCCUGCUUAAACCAUCCCCAGAGCCUGAAACACAGAUAAGUCCAGUAAAAUCUCCUGGGGUCCGCUUUUUUCCUGAUUUGUUCAUCCCAGAGGAAACAAAGCAAGAAAAUGUGAUUCUGUCUCCAGCUUCCAGGAGCCCACUGUGCCCUUCACCUGCUCCUUUCCAGGAUCUCUCUCCCGCUCCCUCUUUUACUAAUGCUACUGCUGCUCCAGUCAAGACCCCAACUACUACUUCACCUCCCCCUGUCUCACCCACCCAACCACCUGUUGCCUCUCCAGUAAAGCCACCCAGUGAGUCACCUCUCAAGUCACCAGUGAUCUCACCGAUUUGCUCCCAACCCACACCCCUACCUGAAACUCAAGGACCUAAAGCUCCCAUCUUUCCUCACCGCUCCAUUUGCCCUCUUACAGGAAACCCCCUCUCCCCAAUCUGUGCCCAGCCUUUGCCCUGCCAUGAACCCUCAUCACCCCUCACUUCUGAUUCUCCUGUCAGAACUCAGCCUGUCCCUGCAGUCACGUCAACGCCUGUGCCCAAAACCGACAAGGCCACGCUAGAGUCAGCAAAUUCCUCAUCAGAGGAAACGCCAUCUAAAACAGAUAUUAUUGAGGAAUUUUGGUUGAAGAGUGCUGAGAUAAGAAAGAGCCUUGGCCUGUCUCCUUUGGACCGCAGUAGUAAAAUCUUAGAGAGGAGCGUUAUUAAGACUCCAACACAGGAUUCCACCCUCGCUAAGAUUCAGACUCCAGAUGUGUCAGAGGAACAGAAGCCUGCCUUUACUGGCCGGUCUGUCAUUCGCAGACUCAAUAUCACUCUUGAGGGUCAGGUCAUUACUCCUAUUGCUCCUGUAGAGCCCAAGAGUGAUGGUUCUGAUAAAAGGGACAUCAGCAGCAGCUCCGGCUUGGGCUUGAAUGGAAGUGUGGCCACAAGCCAGACUGUAAACAGUGACAGCUAUAACACAUCUGACUCUGCUAUGUUGACGCCGCCCUCUAGUCCACCACCACCCGUGCCUGCUAAUCAGUCUCCGGCCGUGCUCAGGCAGCAGCGACACCAGGUGUCCUGGACCAAUGGAACUGAAAAACUUCCAUUUGAGCAUGCCAAAGAGCCAGCAAAAACCACUACCCCUGUUCCUGCACCCAGGACCCAGCUGAGCCCUGUGUCUGUGCCCAAACCAGCACCCAGGAAAGUCUCCUCACCUCAGGCAACUCCAGAAACAACCCCAGUGGUUGUCAUGAGGGAGAAAAAGAGGGAGAAGCCACGGCCGGAGGAGGUGAGGAAGUCAUUUGUGGAGACUGUGGAGGAGAUUCCCUUUGCUGAUGAUGUGGAGGAGACCUACGAUGACCGGACACCAGACUCAAGCAUGAACAGGUAUUAUACUCCACCCACUAGCAAGCCCAGUAGGGAAAAACCUCCCAUGCAUUUGGCACUAGCAAUGGAAAAUGGUAAACCCAAUAUCCCAGUCAACCCAGUCUCUAAGACCCAGAGGGCAACUCAAUUCUCUCCAGAGGCCAGAGAGAUUGCUGAGGAGAGAAUAAGGGCCAGAGAAAAAUCUGUGAAGAGCCCAGCUCUAAAAGAAGCUAUGGCCAAGCAAUUAAGCAAAAUGAAAGAGUCUGAUGCAGAAAAGGGUGCCUCACCUAAAGUGGCCUGGAAUGUAACACCAGACGCUGUUGGAAAAAGUAAAAAGUCAGCUGGAUCCCCAAAGAUAUCAGCUGUGAAAGCUUUGGAGUCAAAGAAGUCAGAGGCUCUAUCAGAGCGUUUCUUUAGCAGCAACAAGAGUCUGGACAGCUCAGUGGCUUCGUCAGAUGGCUCGUCUACAAGUAAAAGUAAGAAACGAAGCUCCCUCUUCUCACCGCGCAAAAAUAAGAAGGAGAAAAAAGCCAAGAAUGAAAGCAGCAGGCUCUCCGGUGCAGACGAGACGCCUCCCAAACACAAGUCACUGUGGAAGGCCGUCUUCUCAGGGUACAAGAAGGACAAAAAGAAGAAGGACGAUAAAUCAUGUCCGAGUACACCAUCGUCCAGCUCCACUACUCAGGACUCUGGGAAGAAAAAAACAUCACCUCUCGGAAGAUCUUCAGACUUGAAAUCACGGAGAAACCUGAGUUUCUCUGAAGAUUCUGACCUGUCCUGCGACGAUGUUCUGGAGAGAUCCUCCCAGAAGUCAAAGGCAGAUAGGCACAUGGACAUCUUUGACCUAGUAUCAGGCUUGCAGAAGGAGGCAAUAAAGGAGGAGAAACUGGAAAAGGAAAGAAGGAGGGAGUUGAAGGAAAAAAAGGGUGUGAAAGAGAGGCAUAAAAAAAGGGGACAGGAGAAGGAGGUUAAGCGAGAAUUGGACAAAGACGACGAGGAGUCUGUUUAUGUCCCUCACGCACUGGCGUUCAAGAGAUCGUAUGCCACAAAGAAAACCUACACAGAGGAAGAGCUCAAUGCCAAGCUGACACGUAGAGUCCAAAAAGCUGCACGACGACAGGCUAAGCAGGAGGAACUCAAGAGACUCCACAGAGCCCAGAUCAUUCAGAGGCAGUUGGAGCAGGUGGAGGAGAAGCAGAGGCAGCUGGAAGAGAGGGGUGUAGCUGUGGAGAAAGCUUUGAGAGGAGAAGCAGGAUUGUAUAAAGGUACUUGUACAUUACCCAAACAGCACAAAAGAAGAUCAGACUAUUGGGGAGAUUCUAAUUACAGUGAAAUCCUGGACUUGCAUCUGGGCGGUAUGGGUAAGAAGGACGAUCCCAAACUAAUGCAGGAGUGGUUCAAGCUGGUACAGGAGAAAAAUGCCCUAGUCCGCUAUGAGUCAGAACUCAUGAUAUUUGCCAGAGAGUUAGAGCUGGAGGACAGACAGAGCCGACUGCAGCAGGAACUCAGGGAACGGAUGGCUGUGGAAGACCACCUGAAAUCUGAGAAGGAACUGGCUGAGGAGAAGCAGAUCCUGAAUGAGAUGUUGGAGGUAGUGGAGCAGCGCGAUGCCUUGGUUGCCCUCCUCGAGGAGCAGAGACUUCGGGAGAAGGAGGAAGACAAGGACCUGGAGGCUGUCAUGCUCUCAAAAGGCUUCAACCUCAACUGGGCUUGAUGGGAGGGAAAUCAUUUUGUCAAGUUUUGGGAAAAGGGUUCGAGUCGUUGUAAGAUGUCUCAGUCUCUCGUGGGCAUUUUUGAUAUGAAUAUGUCUGCUGAACUUUGACACAGGCAAUUUGCCGAAAACUGUCACACCUAGAGCAGUGAAUGUGUGAAGAACCCUCCCAACAUAACAUGUACACUAUGAUUGCCUCUGAUGUUGGAGCAGUCUGCAGCGUUUACAUAUCCCCUGCCCGAAGGCAGUACAUGUUAAUCACUUUGCAGUUAUGCUUGCUCUCUCUCAGUCUGUGGGUGGAGAGGCAAGUAUAUAUAUUCACAACUUCAACAUCCUAACCUUGAAGAGUGGAGGGGGUUUGGGAGAGUGUUUAAAGACUUUAUUCUUGACUAUUUAAAGGGAAGAAUGCAGUUCGGUCCUGCUGAUGUAAAGGAAUUGUUAGAAAAAAAAAAUGUAAGUAUGUGCAGUACAUGUCACAUUUUCAGUGUUACUGCUGCAGAGGUGUGUUUUUAAAUGUUGGAGCAAGGUCUCCUGGCUCAGUCUUGUCAGUCUGACUGUACAGACUUACUCUGCUGAAGCUGCCUUUUUUUUUUUUUUUUUUUUUUUUUCCUCCCCCCCACUGACAAAUUGACUUCAGCAUCCUUCAGAAACCACAAAUAUACCAUGGAAGGCUCCUUUUUUCUCUUUACUUCCCCCUGCGGAGUUAAUCACCACUAAGAAUCGAUCAAAUAUACUCACGUUUUUAUGUAUUUAUUAUCAUUGUUUGCGUUAAACAGAAAAACUUGUCUUUUUUGUUUGUUUUGUUUUGCAUUCACAGGAGAGUGCCCAGAAUCUCGUUAUCUUGCACUUGUGCGUAUCUCUCAUGCACUCAUAAGCAACUGCAUGUCAGGAAUGAAGGCGGCAGGCACAUAGAAGAAGACUUAUAUCCGAACUUUUAAUCAUUUCACACGACUUGAUGAUGAUGGGCCUCUCCGUGAGAUUUCAUUGACUGUAUAUCACACUGAUGGUUAACGUUUACAAGUGCUUGCUCACAUUUUAGUUCCUGCUUUGUUAAACAGCAGCAAGGUUAUACAACUAAAAAGAAUCCAUGGGAAAGACUGUAUUAACAAUGGGAUGUUGUUAAUGAUCUGAUGUCACUGUUAAUGAGAGGACUUUCUGAUGGGAAAAGAGUACACUACACAACUGUAUAUUGCAGUGUUAAUACUUUACCUUUGAACAAGAUGCCUUUUUAUUUUCAUUCUCUAUACUAAGUUAUUUUUUUCCUUUUUUUUUUUUUUUUGGAGGUAUCCAGUACUCACAUCUGUGUGUUCCACUGGAGCUCAUGAUUUGUACUUUUUUUAAUAAAUUUUUUUUACAGCAGGUCCCCAAAUAAACACAUAAAUGGGACCCUAAAGAACUGCACAACCUGCAUUCAACACGAAUAUUGGUUUGAUUUAUUCGUUGGACAUUCUUAGUGGACUAAUAGCCUCUUGGCCAACUGUAAAAGUCCAGAUGGCUGCUGUUUUACAGUGUAGAAAAUACUAGAGGCUAUAUUUAUGACUUUAGGAGCUGUGAAUAUAAAAAAGAAGUUACAUGAUUUUCUGGGUUGUUGUUUUAGAUGGUGUGUUAUAAGUUUGACAUGAUUGUAUUGAUAUUUAUUAACGUGUGCAAAUUGUAAAGAUAUGUAAAGAAAGUGAAUCCUAAUUUUUAAACUACUCUGUCGACAAAGGACUUGUAAUGUAAAUGCUUCAUGUAGCUAAAAUUCAUAGGGGUGUUGGAUGUAUGCUGAAAGCAGCAAUAAAACAAUGCAGUUCUUUUACCUGUUUGUCCACUAAAAUA